AUGACACUCACAUCAUCUCACACUUUCAUCCUCUCUGUCUCUUUUAUGUCUUUCUCUCUCUCUGUUUCACUUCACCAUUUCCAGCUCAUGCUUAAUUACUAUCAUUGUUUAUUACUACAUUCAUUAAUUUUGUGACCAUUCUCUCUAAACAAAUCAGAUCACACUCGUUUCUCUUUUUGUCUUAUGGGAUGGGUUGGGGGGUCUGGUUCAGCUCAGGGUGAGUGAGUGAGUGUUCUUUCUUUCACCAUCCCUUUUUCUGCCAUUUUUUACUUUCAGGUCCUCAAUCUGAGUAGUACCCUUUUCUGGGCACAAGUAAAAAACCAAUCUUGGUAGCAUUCUCCAUAUGAAAAAUCAACUCUUUCAGGAACCUGUCACAAUGUUGCUUCUUCCCUUUCUGGGGUUUUAGUUUUAGGGUUAGUUUCCAAGUAAAAAAUCAAUCUUGGUAGCAUUCUUCAGAUAAAGGUGAUUCCUUUUUUCUCUGAAAAUGUUUGGCUUCUCUCGUCGCCGCAUGAAACUUGGCAGGUUGAAGGUUCAGCUUUCUGAUGGCACUCAGGGAACUAGCAGCCCUGUAAGGCAUCUCAAAAGAAAUGCAAAUUCCAAUGGAGGAGAAGGUGAUGCAGGUUCAAGUGGCCAUUCUGAUGAGAUUGAUUGCCACUCUUCAGCUGCUGCUGCUGCUGCCCCUGAGAUAAGUAGCAGUGCAUCAGGCAGCUCAGAGAACUGGAUGGUGUUGUCAAUUGCAGGGGAUAAACCCACUCCUAGAUUCAAUCAUGCAGCAGCUGUCAUUGGGAAUAAAAUGAUAGUGGUUGGCGGAGAAUCUGGAAAUGGAUUGUUAGAUGACGUGCAGGUGCUAAAUUUUGACAGAUUUUCAUGGGCCACAGUGUCUUCAAAGCUUUACUUGUCUCCAAGCAGUCUGCCACUGAAGAUUCCAGCAUGCAAGGGUCAUAGUUUGGUUUCCUGUGGGAAAAGGGCACUCCUCAUUGGAGGGAAAACAGACCCAGGAAGUGACAGAAUUUCAGUAUGGGCAUUUGAUACAGAGACAGAGUGCUGGUCACUCAUGGAAGCAAAGGGAGACAUACCGGUUGCUCGCAGUGGUCACAGUGUUGUUAAGGCAAGCUGUGCUUUAAUAUUGUUUGGGGGUGAAGAUGUUAAAGGGAGGAAACUAAAUGAUCUACACAUGUUUGAUCUCAAGUCCAUGACAUGGCUUCCACUUCACUACAAGGGAACAGCACCUUCUCCAAGAUUCAACCAUGUAGCAGCUCUUUAUGAUGAUAAAGUUCUUUAUAUAUUUGGAGGAUCAUCAAAAUCCAGGACCUCUAAUGAUUUAUAUUCACUUGACUUUGAAACGAUGGCAUGGUCAAGAGUUAAGAUACGAGGUUUCCAUCCAUCACCUAGAGCUGGUUGUUGUGGAGUCCUAUAUGGUACUAAAUGGUAUAUUACAGGGGGUGGAAGCAGGAAAAAGCGACAUGGAGAGACACUGAUAUAUGAUAUUGUAAAAAAUGAAUGGUCUGUUGCAAUUGCUUCACCUCCAUCUUCUAUCACUGCCAACAAGGGUUUCAGCCUAGUACUUGUACAGCACAAGGAUAAGGACUUUCUAGUUGCAUUUGGUGGAUCCAAGAAAGAGCCAUCAAAUCAGGUUGAAGUAUUGAUAAUGGAAAAGAAUGAGUCAGCACUGAGAAGACGAUCGACGCCCAGUAAAGGUCCAGCAUCCAUAAUACUAGAAAAACAUUCAUCAUCCACUAGAUUGGCGUCUCAACUUAAUGAUUGUUCUCAACGUUUAGUUGACUCUGUCGCUAGACAAAAUCUAGCAUCUGCAAUUGAACACGGUUCUGGUAGGAAAUCUUUAUCAGAAUCCCUGGUUUCAGAUCCCCAUUUUACCCCCUCCAACAUCCCCCUAUGUAAGCAAUUUGAUCACAGUGAAGAAUACAAUACAAAUGCCAAGAUGGACAAGAACUCAGAUGAAAGUCAUUUCCCUCGGGCAGCUGAUCACAGAACACAUGAAAGUGACAAUGGCAAACAGAUGAAGAUCAAUAUGGAGGAACAACAGGUGUUGGUAUCUGGAAUUUUGAAUGAAACUCUAGAAAGUGAUAGUGUGUCAUUUCCUGAGAACAAUAAACCAGGAUCUCUGUCUUCUACCUCAAAUAUUUACCAUUAUUAUGAAAGCAAAGUGGCUGAGCUAAUAAGGAAAAAUGGGAUUCUGGAGGGGCAACUGGCAGCUUCUUUGGCUAGCCGAGAAGCCGCAGAGAAAAGCAUAGCAUCUGUUCUUAAAAGCAGACAGGAAAUGGAGAAAAAAAUGGCUGACACACUGAAGGAAAUGGAAUCGCUUAGAGAGAAGCUUGGAAGUCUAGAGUUUUCCCAAGAAGAGGCCAACAACCUAUCAAACAUUGUCCACUCUGAUAACGUUCGGCUCGAGCAUGAUGUGGCCUUCCUCAAGGCUGUUUUAGAUGAUACACAGAAGGAAUUGCAUUCUACAAGGGGAGUUAUUGCAGGAGAAAGAGCUCGGGCAUUCCAACUUCAGUAUGAAGUAUUUCAUCUCAAACAGAGAUUGCAAUCUAUGGAAAAUCGAGCAUCUACACCCAGGAAACCAUUUCACCAUGUGCAAUGAAGUGGAUAGGCUCUCAAAAGUCAAAACACGUCGGAAAAAAAAAAUCAAUCUGUACAUUGUAUUUGUAUAUUUGAAUCAGUGAAUCCCCAUGGAAUUACUUUUUUUCUGCAGUUUUGUCAUAUCAAGAUGCAUGAGUGGUGUAAAUGUACAUCUUGAGUAUAAAUCUGGAAUGGUGGUUAAUUAUUAAUAAUCUGAACAAAUCUCAAAGGCACAA